GGUGUAAAGUACCUAUCUCCUUUUCAAACAAUUUUUAUAAUAACAAAACAAGUGGUUCCGAAAUAAAAGAGAAAACCCCGCGAGACAAAAUCAGAUCGAAACUCUUUGAAAUUUUGAAAUAAAGCUUUCCCACUUCAUUGAAAUUGUGGAGCCCUAAUUCCCGAAAAUGGAAGCUCUCUACAAAAAACUCUACUCCAAGUACUCCACACUCAAGACUAAUAAACUCUCCGAAUUGGAAGAGCUUAAUAAUGAGCAAGAAGCAAAAUUCCUCAAUUUCGUCUCUGCUGCGGAAGAGUUAAUUGAUCACUUGAGAACUGAAAAUGACAAGCUUCUUGGAAAAAUCAAUGACUUGGGAAAUGAAUUAGCUUCGGUUAGGCAGACGAAAGACAAUCAAGUGGCUGAUUAUCAAAGGCUUUUAAUGGAAGAAAGCAAAAAAAAUGAAGCUCUUUUAGAAGAAGUUGAGAAGUUGCAAAAGCUUCUAAAAGAAGGAACUUCUGGUGAUUUAAAUAACAGCAGUAAGGUCAUGAAUAUGAAUGACCAAUUUAACAAUACCCCCAAUAACUCAUCUAUGAGAAUGACAAGAAAACGUAGGAGGCAGGAACAGGAUGCAUUGGACAAAGAAGCAAGGUCUAUACCAUGUGAAAUUGAUGAAGGUAAUUCUGUGGAGAGAGAGCCAACACAAAGCUUUCUCAAGGAGAAUGCUUCCAAUAAGCUGCUGGAGUGCUCUACUAAAGCUAAUGAUCAAUCAGGAGUUGAUUUACAGGAAAGUGGUCAUCCUAACUGGCUUUUUCAAGCUCUUUUUGAGUAUACAUUGGAUAUGAAACUAUCCAUUGAUAAUCAAACUGGUCGACUAAGUCUUUUUGCAAUGCAUCAAUCAAGUGGUUACUCCUUCAGUUUAUCAUGGAUUAGCAAAGCCCCUGGAGAGGAAGCAGAACUGUUGUACCAUGUUCUGUCUCUAGGCACACUUGAAAGAUUAGUACCAGAAUGGAUGAGGGAGGACAUCAUGUUCAGCCCAACCAUGUGCCCUAUCUUUUUUGAAAGAGUUUCGCGUGUUAUCAACUGCAAACACCGAAGUCUCUGUUUUUUGUAGCUUUGAAUACUAUUGGUUCCUCCCAACACCAUCUUUUGAAUAUGGCUAUGUUGUAUAUAUUUACACUUCAAUUACUAUUUGGUAAUUUGGAGAAUGGGAAGUACUUUUUGAAUUGUGAAUCAAA